AUGGCAGCGGGCCUUGGUGCUGCUCAGCGAGAUGCGGGAGGCGAAGGUGGAGCUCACCGACAUCAUCUUUACAGCGCCGGUUUUAAGACAUGCUCCGCGUGCGCCCCUGUCAGCUACAGCGCCGGGAUCAGCGCGUGUGAAAAAGGCGAGCAGUGGCAGCGGGCCUUGGCGCUGCUCAGCGAAAUGCGGGAGGCGAAGCUGGAUCCCCACGACAUCUUCAGCUACAGCGCUGGGAUCAGCGCGUGUGGGAAGGGGGCGCAGUGGCAGCGGGCCUUGGCGCUGCUCAGCGAGAUGCGGGAGGAGAGGCUGGAGCCAACCGUCAUCAGCUACGCGCCGGGAUCAGCGCGUGUGAAAAAGGUGAGCAGUGGCUGCGGUUUGUGGCGCUGCUCAGCGACAUGCGGGAGGCGAAGCUGGAUCCCAACGAGUCAGCUACAGCGCUGGAAUCAGCGCGUGCGGGAAGGGGGCGCAGUGGCAGCGGGCCUUGGCGCUGGCCUGCGAGAUGCGGGAGGAGAGGCUGGAGCCAACCGUCAUCAGCUACGGCACCGAGGUCAGCUCGUGCGAGAAGGCCAAGCGCACUGCCGGGGGGAGCCGCGCGCAGGAAGGGAGACGAAGUUGGAGCCAACCGUCAUCACUACAAUGCUGGUACCAGCGCGUGCGAGAAGGGCGAGCAGUGGCAGCGGGCGCUGGCGCUGCUGA